AUGUCGUCAACUCCAACAUUUCGGGGAACCACGAGCCAUCGGACUGUCGGACGAGGCAGGUUACCUGAUUUCGGAGGUGAUUCGGCGGCAUCUCAUAUCCCGCGUCCCCGACACGAGUCUUCGUCAACGAUUACUUCUUCUCAGGCCCCUAAUACCCCGGGCAGUGACAUCGGUAGCUCCACGAUGAGUGCAGCAAGCAGCCGGCAGAGGCAGAAUCAGUCGAAGCGAGAUGAGGCUAUCCGAAGGAAGCUGGAGGCGGACCUCAACAAGAAGAGGCACAAUCCAGCAAGAGCGCACCGCGGCCGUAAAGCUCCUCCCGGCACCGUCCUUGCUCUUAAGCCGAGUUCGGCUCUCCAGAUCAAACCCUCCACCACUAUUUCGGAGGCCGCGCAAUUGAUGGCGGCGAAGAGAGAGGAUUGUGUUCUAGUGACUGACGAUGAUGAUCGGAUUGCUGGAAUUUUUACUGCUAAGGAUCUCGCUUUUCGGGUGGUGGGACUUGGACUUAAGGCUCGAGAAAUCACUGUUUCCGAGAUCAUGACGAAGAACCCAUUGUGUGCGAGGACGGAUACAAGUGCGACUGAUGCGCUCGAUCUGAUGGUUCGAAAGGGAUUCCGGCAUUUGCCUGUUAUGGACGAAAAUCAGGAUAUCUCUGGUGUUCUCGAUAUUACCAAGUGCUUUUACGACGCCAUGGAGAAAUUGGAACGCGCCUACAGUUCGUCCCGGAAGCUAUACGAUGCUCUGGAAGGUGUUCAGUCGGAACUCGGCUCUAGCCAGCCUCAGCAGAUCAUUCAAUAUGUCGAGGCCCUUCGAUCGAAGAUGUCCGGUCCCACGCUUGAAACCGUCUUGGAUGGCAUGCCUCCUACGACAGUUUCCGUCCGAACUACCGUCAAAGAGGCUGCGGCGUUGAUGAAGGAACACCAUACUACUGCCUUGCUUGUGCAAGAUCAAGGAUCCAUCACAGGUAUCUUUACCAGCAAAGAUAUUGUUCUUCGUGUGAUUGCCCCGGGUCUCGACCCCGCAACAUGUAGUGUUGUCCGCGUUAUGACGCCCCAUCCCGACUUUGCUCCCAGUGACAUGAGUAUUCAGGCUGCGCUUAGAAAGAUGCAUGAUGGACAUUACUUGAACCUGCCUGUGAUGAAUGAGGGCGGCGAGAUCGUGGGAAUGGUGGAUGUACUGAAACUUACAUAUGCCACCUUAGAGCAGAUCAAUUCUAUGUCAACUCAAGAUGACGAGGGCCCGGCAUGGAACAAGUUCUGGUUGUCAAUGGACCACGAGUCCGAUUCCAUGGUCUCUGGAAGCCAAACGCAAAGCCAACAACCACAUACCCCGCACCGGUCAAUGAUCAAUCCCGAGUCACCGAAAGCUAGCUUCGACGCACGAGACAGCGUGCUCCCGAACGAGUCCGCGUCUCAUAAUGGUGGUGACGAGCACUCCGAAUUCCACCACGGAGGCGAGCUCGUGCCUUUCCCCUUCAAGUUCAAGGCUCCCAGUGGCCGUGUACACAGAGUCAACAUCCUCCCCGCUUCUGGAAUCGCCGAAUUGGUUGGUCAUGUUACUGCAAAGCUUGGUCCCGAGGUUGAAGCCGUUGGCGGUGCGGCUAGCUGUGAGGAUGGUACACUCAGCAACACUGGCUACGCUUUGAGUUACGUGGAUAACGAAGGGGAUACUGUUUCUAUCACUACUGAUCAGGAUCUUGCCGAUGCUGUGACCAUUGCUCGCCAGGCUCGUCGAGACAAGGUAGAUCUAUUCGUUCAUGAUCCUGCUCAACCUCCCGUUAUCCCUGCUCCUGAGCCUGCUACCGUCAAAUCUGCUGAGGUCAAAACCCCUCCCAUCUCCGACGAUCAGUCUUCCGAAGAACUGUCUGCUCCCAAACCGCGAACGCACCAACCGUACCCCGCCCAUGGUCCGGAAGAGCAAGUAAUUGCUGGCGUUCCCAAUGACCUGCUGCUCCCUGGGGCAAUUGUGACCCUGGCCGCUGUCAUUGCCGGAGUCUUCGUUCUGAGCCGCGCUACCUCGCGGUAA